AACUCCAUUUCAAUUGGCAAACAACUUUACAGCAGAAUCCGCAAUCGUUGAGCAUUAUCAGUAUAUUACGUCCAAAACCCUAAUUCCGUAUCCCAGGGUUACCGUUGGAAUCGCACCGGCACCCACGCCAGCUUAUGAAUGCAAACCCUCCUCCUCCAAUGCAAGCAGGAGUUCCAUGCGGUGGAUGCGGGUCGUCGGACCGUUGGAUCCUCCACACUUUGCGCCACCGAGCGAGCUACAGGCGUCUGUGCACGGACUGCGUCCUGAAGAAUCACCAGUCUCUGUUCUGCCCGCUUUGCUUGGCGGUUUUCGACAAGGACUCGUCCCCUUUGCCUCCGCCGGCCGAUCGCCUUAUCUGCCUCAACUGCCCCUCCAUUUCUCACCGCUCCUGCGUCCCUCCGAACGAAUCCGCUGUUCCUUCCUUCCUCUGCCCUCCCUGCUCCAACCCGAGUUUCACUUUCUUCAAUCCCAAUGGAAGUGGUGAUAACAAAAGGGUGAUCGACAAGAACUUGGCCAAGGUGCUAUUGGCCGCGGCCCGGAUCUCCGCUGCGUCCAUGAACAAAGCGGCAGCCACAGCUAGGCUUGACGCCGAGAGGCGUGCCAAGGAGGCUGCUUUCGCCAAGAAGAAAGCUAGGGAAGCUUUGGACCGACUCGCUCUUCUUUUCUUGAAAGAGAAUGAGAACGGCGAGGACAAGAAACCGAUUCGCUUAUCCCAAAAUGGCGUUGGCUUAGCUGUUGAGGGCAUCGUGCAAGGAGUGAACAAGGCAACCAACGGCUUGCUUUCUCUUUCUGCCGUUGCCACAGCCUCCGCCCCACAACGAAGUUCUCAUUCUAGCAAGGAAUGAAAGAUGAGAAAAAGUUGGGAAUCGGGUGUCUUUUAUCUUUGAUAUUGCUUUGAAUGUCUUCACCGAGUUGUUAGUUUCUAAAUUUGUAAAAUCUUGUUUUCAUUGGGUACCCAGAAAAUCUUGUAGAGUAGAAAUCAUGGGUUUUGACCAGUGUUGUUGUGUAGAUUGCUGUUUCGUGUUCGAUCUUCAUCUGUAACUUUAUCUUAAAUCCCUGCCAGUUCAAAAUUUCAUUUUACCCUUAA